AUGAAUGAUCCUCCAGCCCAAUGUUCUGCAGGACCUGUUGGGGAUGACGUGUUUCAUUGGCAGGGAGGAGUUUUCUUUUUAAACAUAACUUUUCCCACGGACUAUCCCUUUAAACCUCCUAAAUUCACAUUCACCACCAGAAUCUAUCAUCCUAAUAUUAACAGCAAUGGAGCAAUAUGCCUGGAUAUUCUAAGAUCUCAAUGGUCUCCAGCGCUGACAGUUUCAAAGGUUUUACUCUCUAUAUGUUCUCUUCUCUGUGACCCGAACCCAGAUGACCCUCUUGUACCAGAAAUAGCCAGAUUAUAUAAGACAGAUCUUGCCAAGUACAAUGAUUGUGCCAAAGAGUGGACGAAAAAAUACGCAAUGUGAAAAC